CGUGUCUGACCUUUUUUUUUUUUUUUUUUUUUAUCCCUUCAAUUGUUUUCCGACAUGGCGUGUUGGUGUGGAAGAGCUCGUGCGCAGUGGCUGUGCGUCCUCCACGGCGCGCGCUUUCCGGUAUACCGGGGUAUUAUAGAGGAGCGCGAGCCGCACCGGAGGGGAGGAGAGGGGAGGGGGAGAGAUAGAGAGAGAGAGAGAGAGAAAUGGUGCAAAACCUGGCUGGCAUCACAUCACCAUCACCAUCACCAUCACAUCACCACCGGGCAUGGAUAAUCAGAGAGGGUUGAAUGCAGUGCCCAUACAGAAAACAUGUAAGAAAAUAGAGUGGAAAGCAACCAAGACACAAACCGUAAGGGUGUUUUCUUCAGCAGUGUGACAUUGAGUCAUAAAUCAGAAGGUGGAAUGUGUAUAGAUUUUUCAGCAUGUGGUUGAACUGCAGUAUCCUACAUGACCUUGAGAUGAGUAGAGGUCUCUGGUGCCCAGCCUGUUCAAGGCGGCGCCCAGUGGCCUGAGCCUGGCAUGGCCUCUCUGGACCUGCCGUACCGCUGCCCUCGCUGCGGGGAGCAUAAACGCUUCCGGAGCCUGUCAUCACUGCGCGCCCACCUGGAGUACAAUCACACCUACGAGACGCUGUACGUGCUCUCCAAGUCCAACAGCGUGUGUGACGCCGCCGCACUGCUCCCUCUGGUGGCCGACAGCGCCCUGGCUGCUGAAUCCCGCUUCCCCUGCUCGGGCGACGAGCUCGGGCUUGCCACGACCUCAUCCGCCGGCGCCCGCUACCUUCCCAAUGUGGAGUUCCCACUGGGAGAGAUCCUGGUGAAGAAAGCCAUGAGCUCAAUGGACCCCAGUGCAAUGGAAGCUGCUUACGAAGAGGGCUUGGCGCGCCUCAGGGCUAGGGCCUUCGAAAGGCUCGAGCUGGAUGAGAGACUGGAGAAGCUGUCUGAAGAAGUGGAGCAAAAGAUCGCUGCACGCGUUGGGCGCCUGCAGGCCGAGCUGGAGAGGAAGAGUUCGGAACUGGAGAAAGCCAAGCUGGAGAGUGAAAGGCUCGGCCAGGAGAAGCAGGAGCUGGAGGACAAGGCCUCAGAGCUGUCACGCCAGGUGGACGUGUCGGUGGAGAUGCUAGCAAGCCUUAAGCAAGACCUCGUCAACAAGGAGCAGGAGCUCACGCACAAACAGCAAGAGGUGGCUCAGAUCGAUCAGUUCCUUCAGGAUACGGCGGCGCGUGAAGCCAGCGCUAAAGUGCGUCUGCAGCAGUUCAUCGAGGAGCUGCUGGAGCGAGCAGACCGAGCGGAGAAGCAGCUCCAGAUCAUCAGCAGCUGUGGAACCACGCCGAACGGGAGUCUGGGCCACUGCAGCCUGCAGGGCUCCAAAUCCAACGGGCGACAGAGGAACUCCAGUAUCUCCGGCUCGAGGGGCGUGUACCAGGUCUCAGAUCGCCGAUCAUCUCCCAGCACUGGGGCAUCUGGUCGGUCAAAGUCGGUGUCCCAGGCCUCGGUGGCGGGUUACGACAGUGACAGCGUGGAGCUGCAGGCGCUGGAGGGCAGUCUGGAGGCUCAGUACUACCACGGGCAGUGCCGUCCGGGAGAACCCUCACCUUACGAGCGCCGCAACUGGGGCCUCCGCAAGCAGGCCAUCCAGAACUGGCAGCGGCGGCCGUACCGUAACAGCACGGAGGGCGAGGAAGGCGACGUUUCAGACGUGGCCUCACGCACCACUGAGUCCGAGGCGGAAAUGUGGGAGCAGGAGAGGAGGGCGGAGUGUCAGCAGCAUUGCCCUCACCGCAGCGGCUACCGGCUGGGGACAGGCCGUUCUGAGGGUUGCUACAAACCCUGCCGUCACGAGAAGAGCCCGUCCAAGACCAGCGAGGUGAUCAGCCCCGAGGUGCUCAAGAUGCGGGCAGCGCUUUUCUGCAUCUUCACCUACCUGGACACUAAAACCCUGCUGAGGACGGCCGAGGUGUGUCGCGACUGGAGGUUCGUGGCGCGUCACCCCGCCGUCUGGACAAGAGUGUUGCUGGAGAACGCUCGCAUUUCCUCCAAGUUCUUGUGCACGCUCUCUCAGUGGUGUACGCAGACCCACUCCCUGAUCCUGCAGAACCUCAAACCAAGGCAAAGAGGAAAGAAGGAGACCAAGGAGGAGUAUCUGAAGAGCACACGUGGGUGCCUAGAGGAAGGUCUGGAGGCCAUGCUGAAAGCUACAGGAGGAAACCUGCUCAUUCUAAAGGUGUCUCAUUGUCCCAACCUGCUGACCGAUCGCUCUCUGUGGCUGGCCAGCUGCUACUGCCGAGCUCUACAGGCUGUAACAUACCGGAGUGCUACUGAUCCAGUGGGUCAGGAGGUGAUCUGGGCUUUAGGAGCAGGCUGCAGGGACAUCAUCUCCCUACAGGUGGCGCCAUUACAUCCCUGUCAACAACCAGCCCGCUUCAGUAACCGGUGCUUACAGACGAUUGGCCGGUGCUGGCCACACCUACGAGCCUUGGGAGUGGGCGGAGCUGGAUGUGGUAUACAGGGAUUGGCGUCAUUGGCGAGGAACUGUAUGAGGCUGCAGGUGCUGGAACUGGACCACGUCAGUGAGAUUAAUCAGGAAGUGGCUGCUGAAGUGUGUCGUGAGGGUCUAAAGGGUUUGGAGAUGUUGGUUCUCACCUCGACUCCGGUCACGCCCAAAGCUCUCCUUCACUUCAACAGCGUGUGCCGUAACCUGAAGUCCAUUGUUGUACAGAUCGGUAUUGAAGAUUACUUUGAAGACCCCAACAGCCCUGAGGCCAGAAAGCUCUUUGAUGAGAUGGUGAACAAACUCCAGGCUUUAAAGAAGAGGCCGGGUUUCUCCAAAAUCCUCCACGUAAAGGCUGAUGGUCUUUGCUAACGCCCUCCACUGCGACAUGAACUGUUUAAAACCACCAACUUCUCCUUUAUGGAAGAAGCUGAAUCUCUAACUUCAGUUUCAGCUACCGUGACAACAACAAAACAGGAAACUUCUUCUCACUACAAUAUUAUGUUGAAGAUACAAUUUAUUCGCCUGUAGCUAAUCGACUUUCAAGGAUUUGGCUUCGACCGAUAAUCUUAUGAAGAACACAGAGUCUCGAUUCAAGCUCGACAGCUUCAGAUCACGGUGAUGAGAUCGAGUUUCACUGGAUAAAUUUAUAGCACAGAGCUGCAGCCGGGAAUUUUCAGCAAAAGAAAAGAAAAGGUCCUAGAAUACAGAGUUGUGGAACACCACACACAUAAAAUACACGGUUACAGAAAACGGACUUGGAGUCGAGGGUAUGUGGUGCAGAUUUUUAAUUGGUAUUAAACAGGAAUGAAAUUUAAACUGUCAUUGACCCGGAUUAGCAUUCUAGUGAGUGUACUGCUAACACUCCUCCAGCACAAUAAGAGUACCAGCUUCCUGGUUUACAAAAAAACAGAUUCGAAAUUUGACCUUUUUCUAGUCAAAUCCAAGUAAGCAGGACGUAGAAGUGAUGCCAACGAACGUGAAAGAUUUUCAUGCAGUAUCAUCCUCCUAUCAUCAUCCAGCUCUGGAAACAACCACAUUUGACAUUAAAUGUAGUGAGUUUUGGAUCUGCAUGUGGUUUUGUGGUGACCUCCGCCGUGCCAUUCAUGCCCCGUGUUGGAGGUUAGACUCAUUAACAUCAAGCGCCUGUUCAUCCGACAUUCUGCAUCCGUGGAAUAUUGUGCCUCAUCGAAAAGCAACAUUAAGUUGACAUGGUGCUUUUCUUUCAAAUUUUAUUUCCAAUCUGUGAAAAGUCUAUUUUUUUUUUUUUUUUAAAAACAUUGACCUCAUGUAGCUUCCAUGCAGCUCAGGUCUCAUUACCACCAUUUACUUCCAGUUAAUGCAUUUCAAAUAAACAUGUACAAGGUGCCAUAGUUGUAGGGAUGGGCAAUAUGGCUGACAUAUCAAGACACUUUCAUGAUACGAUGCAUUACGAUAUCUAGGUUUGUUAACAGAGUGCACAACAUUUAGCCAUGUAAAAAGCUGGCAGUUUCCAUAGUUUCAGUUAACAUUUACUGAAAAAAAGGGAAAGGAAGGAAAAACAUAAACGGCCAACUAGCUACCCGUCAACAAUGGCAAUAAUGCCCGCGACAAUGCCACUGGUCUGACUGAAUGUGAAUAAAAAUCACAAAAAUAGCUAGUAUCUCAUGAACAGGAAAAGACAACAGUUCAGAAAGAACACAGGAUGACACGAUUGCUUAAUUCACUUUCGUAUUCGUUCAUUUUGCUUUAAACAAGGGUAAUCUCUGCAAUUUAACUCCACAGAAUUCACCAACUUAAAGCAUAAGCUAAUACAAAAUGGGGGCAUAGCUGAGAUCUUUUUUUUUUUUUUUCCUGGGAUAAAAAUGGAGGCAUUGCUAAUUACUUAGUGGAACCAAAGAUUGUAUACAGAGUAGCCCAUUUCAGUGGGAUAAAAAGUUUGUGUUUAAAUAAGUGGGUGUGCCAGCUUGCAUCAUCCACAUCAACUUUCAUUUGGCUGAUUAUACAAUGUUGUUCUUCCUUAAAAUUAGCUCCCUAGAAAACACUUGUCUAGAUUCAAAAAUAGUCACAGUGUAUUAAUAACAAAAAUGAGCACAGUUUGGUGAAAUACCUAGAAUUUCCCAGUGGAGUGAAUGGAUCUCCUGUUUCCCGAGUUUUCUCUUUCUCUUGCAAAAAUCGUGUGAUGCGUGUUAUUUACAUCUAAGCAGAAAUCAGCCUUAAUUAAGCCUGUAACCCAAGGGAUUGUGGAAAACAAUCUGCUCCAUUUAUAAAGAAACUGGGAAUUGAAAUAAUAGCCAAAUGACUAAAAUACAACUAUAAAUUUUUAUAUCUUCCUACAUCGUGUUACAUCUUCAUCAAAAUGACCAAGAUGGUCAGUGUUCAUUUUGCCAUCUUGGCUCCAAAAUCUCACUCACAUCAUCCAGAAGCACCUGAUUUCCCCCCCCACACUCCUGAAGAAACAGGUUGACAACAGUUUUAUGAAAAAGUGUUUACAUUUUGGGAUGGCUGACGACAAAUUUCAUAUUGCAACACUCUAGACUAUACGAUAAGUAUCAAUAUAUAGGUUUGCUAAUAAAACAGCAGUGUUGCACUUAAAAACGUUUCAAUAGUUUGAUGACGUUUUUUGAUUUAAUGUCUGCAAAAUAAAUUAAAAACAAAGGAGGGAAAAACAACCAAGCUCUAAUAGUAAAUUAAAGAAAUGCAAUUUAACCAUUUAAAAAAUUAUAUACAACUAUGUGGCAGAUUAUUUUCUUAAAAAAAUUGUAAAAAGAUAUCACGAUGUCUGAGAUGGCUCAAAAAGUGUAUUGUGACGCAAUUUUUACGAUAUUAUAAUUUUACAUUGCCAUAUUGCUCAGCCCUACUUACGCUACUUUCAGAAACCUGUAUAGUGACGUAAUAUCACAGUGUCAUAUCGUUCAGGUGUGGCAUCUUUCACAUUCUGCCUUCAACUGAUGAUACGUUUGCUUACAUUUUAACACCUGGUUCGGUUGGAUGAAAAAAACAACUUGUUUUACACUCUUAGGAAAAAGGGCAAAUCUGGAGCAUGUAAGGGUUGUUUGGUUUGUUCCUCUGGGUGAACCCUUAAACAGGGGUUUUUCCAUCAGAGAUGGUCUCGAGAACCAAGGAACCCUUGAAGAACCCUUUUGCUAAAAGUGUAAAGCUGGAACUGAAUGGCUCACAGUAGAUGUUGGAAGAACAUUCUUCUGCUCACCUCCUUCAAUCAUCAUCAUCUCUUAUCUGUGCUAGGGAGAUCUUUAUUGCAUUUCUCACAAACAUUUGCUUCCAUCUUGGUCGUGUUUGAUAUUUUGACAUUUGCUAAGCCACGACUUAACAUCUGGAGAGAUGUUUCAGUACGUCAUAGCUCUAGCACGUCUUCAGCAAAUGCAAUAACAGUGAUGCAGAUGGAUUUGUGAGGAUUUUGUUGACCUUACAGUACUGUACCGAUUAUCCAUCAGGCAUUGGUGUUCUCCCCUGAGCCUUAGUGCUUUAGUGCUGUGCUUUAGUCCAGGUGGAAUCACUUCCUGUUGUGUGGUGCAGUACUUCCUGUAUUAAAUUCCCACAGGGCUUGAGUUUCUCCUAAAUUUAUUCUACUCUGCAGUUUGUCUGAGGCAUUUGCUGGUGACUUUUCCCCAAAUAGAAGGUAGAAGGCACCACUUUUAGAUGCUGACAUGGUGAGAUCUGGUUGAUUUUGCAAAUUGCAGAUUCGUGGUGGACGACGGAAUGAUGCACUCCUUCACUAAGGCCACAUUUUCAGUUCCCGACAAUCUGUCUCCUGAAGACUUUAAAAGCUGUACAUACAUUAUUUAUGCACAACCGAAGAAUUACAUUGUGUGAAUAUCCGAAAAAAAAAAAAAGCAAGCAACAGAAGUCCCGGAGCAUCGUUGAGCUCCAACAUUUUAUUUUCCUCUCCAAAGUUCCUUCUGUGGUUCCCGAGUCGACCACAUGAAACAUCUCUUAUAAAGAGUCGUGUUCAAUUUGCAGUAUGUUGUGUAUCAUAGAUGCUUUAUAUAUUGAAUGUGUAUCAGAGUCCUAUAGAGAUGGAAAAUUAUUUAAAAAGAGAGCAUAGAGUUUAUUCAAACUAUUUAUUUCUAUAAAAAAUGUCUAUAAUGAUGUUUGGCAUGUUUGUGUUCAAGCAUAAUACAUCCUGUUGCCUUCGUAACUGUUUGACGAUGAUAGUUGCUAGAAUAUUAGACGCAAGAGCUUUACUGCUUGCUGUUUCAUUUUUUAGACUGAACAAUCUUUGCACCAUGAUAAACAAAAAAAAAAGGAAAA